AUUUUAGUUUAGAACUUGAAAUAUUGGUUCCUUAUCUUGGGAACUAUAUUCAUCCCUCCCAGUAUUGUAUACUCUCUCUGUUUGGAGAAUUGAAUCAAGGGGAUAUGAUGGCUGCAAAGCAGAUUCUUAAAACCAAGAUUAUUCUGAAUGAAGACGACACCCGCGGACUGAAACGAGGAGAUGGAUUAGAUACUUGUCAUCUUACUAUAACAAAUGAUAAAAAUAAUCAGGAAUUUUAAAAAUUUUCAGUUUUGUGAAAAAUCACAAUUUACGACAUUUUCAAGAAAAUUUCAACUAAUUUAUAAAAAAUGAAAGUUUUAUAUUUUGCGAACAACUUACUUUUGCUAUGAUUUCAGACUAGAAUUAAGAAUAGUUUGUGUCUUUCAAGAAGGAGGUCUGAUUGCGUAUUCAUAAAUAUAAUCGAGGGACAAGGAGAAUCAGGAUACAAUGAAUCAACAUUGGAAGUUGUGAUAAAAGGAAAUUUAAGUUUUCUGAAUCUUUUUUUCCCUGGUUGCGGAGAAACUUACAGAUCUGUUUGCAUUUACAAUCAUGAUCAUAAUCGUACAACAAGGAAUUCUCAUGUUGAAAUCAAACAUUUAUGUCAAAUUCAAGGAGUGCCCAGGGAUAGAGUGGACUCCUUGAAGUCUGGAGAUAUGAAAGAUAUAAAACUAAACAUCAAUCAUUUCCCAAUGUUUUGGUAUUACAGGAGUUCCUACAACGGAUCAGACAGUGAGGGGAUGGGGAGGUUUUUAUGUAUAUCCAACAUGCCAGGAAAAAAUAGUUAUUUCACCCAACUAACCCUGAUUCCAAUUAUUAACUCAGCAGUCGUUAUAAUGUGCCCCCUGCCGGCCAAAAUAACAAACUUGCUUCAAAUAAUCAACAUUUUCACAUACCAGGUCUGGCUCUGUGUUAUUGGUGGGACAGCUUUAUCAAUUGGAACCUUUUAUACUUUGAUAGUCAUAGACUCUAAACUCUGCUCAUAUGAACGAAUUAUCAGUCUCACUGAUGUUGUUCUGCAUUUCUAUGGAUGCUACUUUUCUGAGCCGUUUCACGCCAAUAUAAGAAAAGGGAAAAGAUUUGUGCAGUGUUUCCAGUUCUUUUGGUUCCUCUGCACUUUGUUUAUUGUUGCAGCCUGGCAAUGUGAUUUAAGGGCCUCUGAAUAUGAGCCAGAAAUAACCUCACUCAGCCAGCUGGCAGACCAAACAGAUUUUUUGUUCCAUCAAACUCAGGAUUUUGCUUUUGAAGAGGUGCACAGCCAACAAGAAAUAGAUAAACUGAAGUCCCAGAUGAGAUAUAUUGAGCGUGAUGAUGUUAUGGAUGUUGAAGAGAUCAUUGCAGAAGGUGCAUGCUCUACCGAAGACCUGAAUGAUAUGAAGUUUUAUGUUUUUGAGCAGCAAUUGAUCACUGGAAGGGUAAUAACAAAAGUUACUGAAUCCACCGCUACUUUUGUUCCUAAAUCUUUGUAUGGUUGGUUGUAUAAGAGGGAUGGAGAUUUUAUAGAAACUAUUUAUAGGUUCCUAGCUAAACUUAAAGAUUCAGGAGUUGACAUAUUCAUUGAACGUGAACACUUUGGAAGAGCUCUUAAAGUUUAUGAAACUCAAUCAGUACCUCUUCCACUGACUCUAGAGAGCUUUUAUUUAACCUUUAUUCUGUACACCCUGGGACUAGUGGUUGCAACAACUGUAUUUCUUUAUGAAAUGUAUUUCAAGAAAAUCUAGAAUUUUGGAUUAUAAUAAAUACAUUUCAAAAUGGAUAUUUUUUCGUUAAUGAUGUACAAUUUGCAUAAAGAUUUAUAAUUCACGUUAAAAAUUUUUUUUAACACAGUGUG